UACGAACUCACCUCCACACCUCGCGCACCCCGCCGCCACACUACGCCUGGGAUCCGCCCGUUGAAUUACCCACCCGCUUUGGAGUCCCGGAUGAGCUCGAAUGCCUUACCCGGUCGGCUGCGGCCCCUCUUGCCUCCUCUCCAGUGCCACCAACGGAGUCAUAUCAUGUCCCCCUCCUGGGCGUCGCUCCUUACAAUAGAGAUUUUGAUGUGGCGCGUACGUGGAAGCUUGCCCUCUUUCAGGAAACCAUGCUCCUACUCAGAGUGGCUAAUUAUUUAUCUGCGACGUGGCAAUGCCAGCCUUCCUGGUGGCCUCACCUCGACCACCUCGGUAACUUUCCCCAGCUAUACGGUGUGCGGUGUGCUCGGUGAAAUAUCUUUGUGCACGUCCCCUCGUCAGGGGUUAAGAAAUGGAAAAGGGGGGACUGGUUGGCGGAAAGGCCGACGAUGGCCCUGUCUCACUCACCUUGGUCGGCUCCCUGCACACCGGUCAACAGACCCGUUUCGCCAUAUUAUCAUCGCUCUCGGGCCUGGUCCCAUGCGGUCAUUGGGCUUUCACCUUGCCCCCUGGUUUGUUUUUUCUCCAAGUUGCCCUUUUCGCAGGCAACGCAGUGGACGGCAGAGGGCAGUGCACCACCACCCUGGUCUCUUUUUGCAGCCCAAGCAUGUUGGGUGCCAAUGGCAAAUUCCCCGUUUACGAGCUCGAAAACUUGGGCACACCACACUCCUCGCCCUCGUGUUCGUGCACCGGCCUAGCCAAAUCAUUAAGGGGGUCAUCCCGGGAGGACCCUUGGAGAACAACGUCGCUCAUGAUUACAUGUCAAAGUCGACCAGGACGCGAAUUCCUUGUACCUGGCAAAAGAAAACAGGGUGGCUUGGAAAGAUCGAGGUGAAGGGAAAAGGAAGAAGAGAAAAGAAAAGAGACAUGAUAGUCUGCUGUGGAGGAAAGGAGCGCCUCAAGGGAUUGGCCUGGCGCUUGUGCUUGUCAGCCUUCAGGGUUCUCCGCCGGGCCGGCCAGGCGUGGCAAGUCAAGACUAGGCGGGUGCUAGUGUACGAUGCGAGAAAUGGAGGCGACAGGUGCCCAGGGAUUACAGAUACACCAAGCUACAACAGCCAUUCGAACCCUUGGGAUGCCCAAUAUACUCUUUUACCCGAUGCUUGUACACCAUUCGCACGCACGCACCUCACAGCACUACGCAGCAUAUGCUCGACGACUCAGAAGUCUCGUUUACCAGUAGGUAUCGAUUUUGGGCAUCUGGUUUGUUCCUCGUCAACCACCACCAGGUAUCGAGGCACCGUCGUCUUUAUUGAUCGAGGCCGACUUCCACACACCUCCCUCACCAGCCUCGCUCUAUACAGUGUCACAGUGUGUCCACCAGUUCGUCGAACUCAUCGGUCGAGAAGUCAUUCAUCCGUCGUCGAUGGACCACCUGCUUUGCGAGCCACUGCGACAUACAACUAACUGUACCAUAACAUAAGGUAGUAUCCGUACCCUCCGUAUGGACCGUUGGGAUCCAUGGCCAGGAGAAGAGAACAUGUCCGGAGCACAAGCUUCUGAUAUCCCCUUUUCACACACGCCCCUUUCUCCCUGCUCCCUGCACAAACGAGAUAGCGUCACACAGGCUGC